AUGAAAUUGAAUCGUUUAAGGUGAAAGGAAACUGAUUAAAAACAAGAAUUUCAUGUAUUUUAAAUACAUAAUUAAUUUACUUAAUUGUGUUUAUAUUAAUUUAUACUGCAAAUUAAUUAAUACUCAAAAUAUAUGACAUCGAAUAAAUAUAACCUAAAAAAUCUAAGCUUUUUGAAGUGGAGCUUUGGUAAAUGAAAUUUGGCUAUAAAGUGAUCGUGAAAUAAUUAAUUUGGCAAAGUUAUUAAAAGUUUCAGUUCCAUAUUAGUUAAUAGAAUAAUCUGAUUAUAAGUGAAUUAAUAAUUUCUUUACAACAUAACCGGGGGCCACAUAACCUAAAAAUGCCAAAAUAUUAUUGUGAUUAUUGCGAUACAUACCUAACACACGAUUCACCAAGUGUAAGAAAAACUCAUUGUACAGGGCGUAAACAUAAAGACAAUGUUAAAUUUUACUACCAAAAAUGGAUGGAAGAACAAGCACAACAUUUAAUCGAUGCUACAACGGCCGCUUUCAAAGCUGGUAAAAUAGCAAAUAAUCCAUUUGCGGCUGUUCCACCAGGUGCUAAAGGUGUUGCUAUACCACCACCAAAUCAAAUGGCUGCUAUGGGUCAAAGACCACCUGGACCACAAGGUAUGAUGCCACCACCAGGUAUGGCACCGCCUGGUGGUCCUAUGCCACCUAUGAUGAUGGGACCACAUGGACCAAUGCCGCCAAUGAUGGGAAUGAGACCACCAAUGAUGGGACCGAUGAUGGGUCCACCAAUGAUGGGACCCAUGGGUCCAAUGCGACCACCUAUGAUGAAUCCACCAUCGUCCAUCAAGAAUUAAUAUUUUAAUUUAAAUUAAUUUAUGUAAAUAAUUUUAUG